AUGGUGGUGCUGAAGCUUGCACUUCAACGAGUGAGGAACGUGAGGCUGUUGAGUCCUCGGAUAUUUGCGCUUGCCAAUUCUCAGUUUUCAACUGCUGCCGAACAGUCUUGGAGAAAUGGAAAUUCUCUUAGAGUGCCAAAUCUCGUUGGUGGUAGCUUUGCAGAUUCAGAAUCAUCAGAAUCAAUUGAUGUCUUGAAUCCGGCAACACAAGAGGCCUUUCCAUCGUGGCAGAACACACCAAUAACAGCACGGCAGUGCGUUAUGUUUAAGCUGCAAGAUCUUAUUCGUAAAAACAUGGAUAAGCUUGCCUUGAACAUUACCACCGAACAAGGGAAGACACUUAAGGAUGCACAGGGUGAUGUGUUCCGUGGGCUAGAGGUGGUGGAACAUGCUUGUGGGAUGGCAACACUGCAAAUGGGAGAGUAUGUUUCCAACAUGUCAAGCGGAAUUCUAUAG